AUGUCGUUGUGCAUUGUCGGCAAGGAGCCGUUGGAUGUGCUUCAAGCUUCGACGGAGGCGCACUUCGGAUCCAUCCCGCAACGCCGUUUGGCUGACCGGCCCUGGAAAUCUCUAGACCCCUAUCCACCGCGGCUCUCGCGAGGCACACCGCUGAUCGUAGAGGCGGUGCCAGUGUCUGAAGCCCGUUCCGUGUCUUUGACGUGGACGAUCACCUUCCCCGACCGAAAAGCGCGAGAGGAGUUUCUCGUGGCCAAGCCAGCAGACUACAUCAGCCAGAUCCUUGGCCACGAGGGGCCUGGCUCGCUUCAGAGCCUCUUGAAGAGAAGGGGCUGGGCCAACAAGACCAUCGCGGGGGUGGUCUUCGACCAGGACGACUUUUCCAUCUUCAAGGUGGGCUUCGACGUCUCCGAGGAAGGUUUGCGGCAGAAGGAGGCUCUCUAUGGAGCCGUCUUUAGCGUGCUGCGGCAGAUGCAGGAGCGCGGCAUGGAUGCUGUGCCUGACUAUUCCAUUCAGGAGACGCGAGAGCUUGCGGAGCUGCGCUGGCGCUUUGCCGAGAAGCCAAGGAGUCAGCAGGCUGCGCUUGAGGCUGUGGAGGCAAUGGAGGCAGAAGUGCAGCACCUGCUUGUGACAGCUUGUAAUCGUGUGCUUCUCUUUGACCCGCCCGAGGAUGGGCCGAACAAAGGCAGCUUGAAGCGGGCGAUUUUUGGCCUUCUCCAGCAGCUCACACCCGAGCGUGCACGCUACGCCACCUUCGCGCGGGAGAAUGCGGGGAAGGCGAAGCAGACGGAGACGUGGUACGGCGUCAAGUAUGCAGAGAAGGAGCUGCAAAAGUCGGCCUUCACAGGCUGGUCCGCUCGGCCAACGGCAGACUUACUGGAGGGCUGGAGCUACCCGAAGCCGAAUCCCUUCAUCCCCAAAGACUUCGACCUGGCCUGGCCACAGGCCUCGGCCCGGGAGAAGGCUUCUGCCUCCUCAAGGCCCCCGGAGCUGAUUCGGAAGGAUGACCGGUGGCGAGUUUUCUUCAAGGCAGACCAGUCAUUCGGCGUGCCCAAGGCAACCGUCAUCUUGCAGUUCUGGUUUCCGGACGCUGAGCACAGAUCCUCCUCAGCUCCCGGAUCUGCAGUGGACACGCCCGAGGGUCGAAUUGUCGCUCGCAUCUGGCAGUUGUCCUUGGCUGAUCGCCUCACCGAGGAGUACUACGAUGCGCAGCUUGCUGGCCUCAACGCCGGCUGUGGCUCGACUACUGUGGGGCUGAAUGUCAGCUUCAGCGGCUACAGCGACAAGCUGCCGGUUUUCGUGGGAGAGGUCCUUGCGAAAAUCCGGGACUUCGAUGGACCUUCGGAGAGCGAGUUUGCGCGGGCGUUGGAUAACCUGAAGCGAGAGCAGGCUUCUUUCGACGUCCAGCAGCCCUUUGCACAUGCAGCCUACUUCUCCCGCCUGGCGACCUUCUGCCCAGAGUAUAGCAUCGAAGACUUGCGGAAGGCCACCAGCAAGGUUACGUUGUCGGCUGUCCGAGACUACUCUACGCUGCUUCGCAGCGCGGAGCAGGGCUUCUUUGGGCAGAAGACCAAGAGUUCGUUGAGUGUCAACUUUACAUCGUCUCUGAUGAUGCGGCCUUCAACGCGGCAGAACCUCGCCUUGGCCUUUAUCUUCAUGCUGGCCGUUCGGGAUGUCUCCGCUGCGAGAGAGUCCUUCCACGUGGCUGAGAUGGUAACUUUGGCUGCCAACACUAUGGAACAGAGCGGCCAGUUUCAUCAGCAAAUGGCUGACGUGGCUGAGCAUGGGUCGUUUUCACUGAAAACGAUGUGGGCGAAAGGGAAAGAGAAUCCUCUUUUGGGUAACCUGCAUUGGGCCAACGCCACGAUCACAUUCAGCUAUGAAAGCGGUGGCGAAGGGGAGCCAGAGAAGUACGUGGAGGUCAGGGGCAUGGACACGAAGUAUCGCAUCAUGCCGGAUGCCAUCGUGAUGACCAAGGAGAUGAAAACCAUGGCCGUUACAGGCAUCUCGGGGUGGCAAGCCUUUGACGGCAGAUCCUGGGGACCUAGCGUAUAUAGCAAGAACGACAUGCUCUGGAUCCGCACCGAGAAGAACCCCAUCAUCGGCGUAACCACCAGCAGCACCAUCCCUUGGCGCUAUGCUGGUUAUCCCGUCUACAGGAAGGGUACGCAGAAGCCUUACUACCUCUACAAUGGAGUCCAGAGCACCAUUGACAUCGACGCGGUGAACAUGGCCUCGGAAGAGACAUCUUCCGAAGUUCACGUGGAAGUCGAAGGGCAAAGCUCCAAGCCGCUGCAGUCUCCGGAUACGGAGCUCGUGGCAAUGGUGGACGCCAUGCUGGGUCAGAGCUCCUGCCUGAACAGUCCCAGCCUGUGCGCGUUCCGGUGCUUCUACGACUCCGACGAGGAUGUGUGUGGACCACUUGCCUUUUGCAAGAAAGUUACCGAAGGUGAGACGCCCACUGCUCUGGCUCCGUUUGGUGACCAGCAGAAAUGCAAAGCAGUCGGUGGCAGUACCCAUGAGGAGGCCGACAACACACUCAAAGCUGAAGCCAUCCCCGCAUUGAAGACAAAGGCACUGGACGUUGUCGAAAAGCUGGAAGGCUUGGAGGCGGUCUCCGCAUCAAGCGCCGGCCGUUCGAGCAUGCAAGAAACUGCAAAGCUUUGGGAAGAAGCCGUAGAUGUGCUCCAAGUCUUUGAGACGCUUCCUUCAAGGACAGAUCCUGAAGUGGGGAAGUUCACGGAAGCACACCGCCGAGCAAGCAAAACGGACAUGAAGCAUUGGCGCCAUCGCAAGGAUCGCUUGACGACUGCGGAGUAUAACGCCGCGAAGGGUUCGUCCGUGGCAGUUCUCCGAGGCUCUCAGGAUGUCUCUGUGCCUGCAAAACUGCACUCUGAGCUCGUCAACUUUCUGCUCAAGCGCCCCCGAAUCAUUAUUGAGACGGCCAAGCUCGAGUCCAAAGACCAGUGUGUUCUGAAAGACGCGUCACUCGCUGAGAAGGAGCAGCUGAAAGACUUCGUGCACUAUUUCCUGAAGGUGCCUGGCUACAAUGCCGGUGAUCUCGAGGGCCAAACGUUGAACUUGCCAGAGCACUGCCAAGACUAUCUAAAGACACUUGGCGGCUCCUCAAUGGCAGACUUGCUCAGCACUGCUGAUGAGGCAGCGGCGCACAUGGAGACGGCCGCCAACCCGCCGGACUCACGCACAGCGUCGUCUUUGGAGCUGAAGUCCGAGAGAUUGCAGGCUGCGGUGAGUCGCGAUGAGGAAGCGCGAAUUCUGCUGCACAGCGACUCCUGGAUGGAUGAGUCGGAGGCGGCCUUCUUUGUUUGCGGUGUUCUCGGCGGCCUGGUGAUCUUUGGUGCCUUCUGCAUGGCAUGGCCGGUGGGCUUGGCCGUGCUCAUUGGUUUAUUCGUGGCUGGGAUCGGUGCCGUCAUCGACAAGGCCAGUAUGUUGGAGAAGCCCAACAUGAAGGCAUCGAAGCUACAUCUCGCAGCUGCGCAGCUCCACUUGGCGCUGAUCCACGGCAACCUACGGGCGAAGGCCGCCCAGGACAUCCUCUCUGCACUGGACUUGCUGCCCUUCCGAGGUGCCUCAGCACCAACGUCCUCCACUUCCAUGCUUCUCCGCUCGCGUUUCGCUUGCCUGGACGCGGGGCAGGAAUGUCUGCAAGUUCAGCCGGAGCCCAAUGCGGAGAAUGUGAACCACGCGCUUGUCUCCGUCUUCUGGACGGGGGACGAAGCCAUCGAUGGCUUGCGCACUCAGCUGCUCGAGAGGAUCCUCAAGUCUGCCUUCUACACCAGCCUGCGCACGCAGCAGCAACUGGGCUACAUUGUCCAGUCUCAGAGCGAUCGCAUCGGCAACCUUGCCCGGCUGGUGCUCGUGGUACAGAGCAGCGUUAAGGCACCCCCCGACCUGCUGGCGGCCGUGGAUGGCUUUCUGAAGGACUUCCGACCUCAGCUCGAAGGUCUCACCGAUAGUCAGCUACAGCCUUUCAAGGCUUCCCUCCGCGAGGAGUUCCUUCGCCCAGAUCAACGCCUGGGAGCUGAGACGGGCCGGUGGUUCGGCGAGAUCGCAGGAUUUCAAUACUCCUGGCGCCGCCGAGAAGAAGAGGCGGAACUGGUCUCCGGAAUCUCAAAGCAAGACUUGCUGAAGGUGUUCGAUGACAAGAUAGCAGCAGGCGGUCUGCUGCGGAGGCGCGUGACCACAGCAGUUUUCGCUGCCUCCUCACAACGCAACCAGGCCAUGUCCGAGAUGAAGGAGGCUGCGCGGGCGAAGAAGAUACUCGUCAUCGAGGACCCGCUGCGCUUCAGCCAAGAGGCCGCCAAGUGGCCUCUCCGCGACCGAGAUCUUGAGAUGGAGGUGCUCAUGAGCAUUCAGCGUUCCCAUUGGCCAGAUGUUUGGCUAAGUUUCGUGGACACUGACACUCUGGACGGAUUGUGCCCAGGUCAUGACUGGCUCAUCCUGGCGCUGCCGGAAGAUCCGCGGAAGUUGCGGGCCCUUUGCCGUCGGACUCGUAGGAGGGAGGUGGUGCAAAAACAAGGUUCCUCGUUCUGGUUUUGA